AUCCUAUGAGAUAAAACGUGUACUCUUUUCCUUUUAUCCACUUCCGAUAUGGUCAAGAAGCUUCAAACCAUUGCCACUGUAACGUCUUCGACGUUUACCGAGAAGACGUUCGAGGUCCCGGAUCUUAAACCUUUUGAAGUUUACGUCAAAAUCCGUGCUUGUGGUGUCUGUCACACUGAUUUGUAUGCGCUGGGCAACAAGGAUGUCGUUGCUGGACACGAGACUAUUGGUGAAAUUGUAGAGUUAGGUUCAAUGGUGGUCAACUUCAAGCCUGGUGACAUCGUCGGGUUUGGCUACCUCAAGGGUGCAUGUUUUAAUUGCGAACAAUGCAACUCUGGUAACGAGAUUCUGUGUCCUUCUCGAGUUAUCUUUCCGACUGGCUUUGGUGGAUUUGCACACGACACCGUGUUCGAUUCCAGAUUCUGCUACAAAAUCCCGGAGGGAAUAGAGCCAAAAUAUGCUGGCCCUCUAAUGUGCGCUGGUGCAACCGUUUUCACUGCGAUAACAAAUUACGACGUCAAGCCGACCGAUCGUAUCGGUAUCGUUGGUAUCGGAGGUUUAGGCCAUUUGGGUCUCCAAUUUGCUCGUGCAUGGGGAUGCCAUGUUGUGGCUAUUUCUACCAACUCAGCCAAGACCGAUGAGGCCAAAUCUUUCGGGGCAUAUGAAUUUUGGAACAGCAAGGAAUUUUCACCAGAGAAGACCGCCUCGCUCAAUAAGCUAGAUUUCAUCCUAAACACUGUAAGCGGCGACUUACCAUGGGACCAAUACCUUACGCUGCUAAAGCCCAAUGGUACUCUGAUCAAUGUUGGAGUCCCAGAGAAGCCGUUGUCUUUCCAAGGCGGCCCUAUGAUUGUUCACCAGUUGAGAGUGGUUGGUUCACUGGUAGCCAGUCGUCAUCAAAACGCCAAAAUGCUCGAGUUUGCUGCAAGACAUAACAUUCGUCCCAAAAUUGAAGAAUACCCCUUGACUGCUGAAGGCACUACAGAAGCUGUUGCUGUUGUUGCUCAAAACAAGGCUCGUUACCGAGCUGUUCUAGUCGCUCAAAAUUAAAGGAUACCAGCAACAGGCAUUUUUAUAUUCGCUGUUGGAGGAUUCUUUUCCAUGGGUUGUGCUUGCAUAAAAGGUAGCGAGUAGGGAUAUUUGGACUAGUGAACUAGUGACAUGUACAAUUAAUAUCAGAACAUUGAAUAAUAAUAAAAAAGAAGUAGAAAAAGCCAU